UUUUCAAAAGAUUAUGAUGACAUAUAUGAACUGCAAAAAAUCGGUCUUCCUGGCCGUGGCGAUGUUUGUUUUCUCUCUCCCAUAAACGUGAUUUACCUCUUCAUUCCCUCUCUUCUUGUAAUGGAUAAAUUUACAACUCUUGAUGUACUGCUUCGAGCUGAGCUUUCGCCCGGCUUUCCGGAUUUGUUUCCCGACUCCACGUUCGACAAACUCAGCAAGAUUUGUGAAUCAAAAGGUAUGUCGUUGGUAAUGGGAGUCAUUCGUUAUGCAGUGACUUGUGGACUAAAAGUACUUCGUUUAUGCGAGGAGAAGUUAUUGGAUUGGCUGAAUGACAAUUUUAAGCACAUAUGCGAAGCAGCACAUAGCAUCGCUAGCCGUCGUUUUAUGCGCCAUCUGGAGAACAUGCUGAGUUGUUCUGGCUGUGACUGCAAUAAUGCAGCAUUCUCCGUUGAUAACCCAACAGAGGGGAAUGCGUUGACAUCAAGCGACGUCGAUAGCUCUGUUCUCAAAAGGCUGGCCUUUCAAUUUGUCGCCGAUAAACUCCCACGCCAACUUGUCGAUAAGCUUUUCACUUCCCUUUGUCUUGAUUCGUUACCUACGGCGGAAGGGGGUAUCGAUCAAACCGAAGACUGUGGUAAACCAAAAGUUUUUCGCGCCACAAUGACGCAUAACAAUGCAAGUAAGGCUUUAUGGACUAGUUCAACUACCGCGAAGCCCUUAGUGACAAAGUUCUCGGAUCAGAACAAAAGAAUGAAGAUGGCCAAGGGCACUAAGUCAAUAAUGAGUUUCUUCCGUAGAACGUAA